UCAACCUUUUAUGAACGCCGGUAUGCGGAGCUUCCGCGCCUCCUUCGCUGACUGACUUCUGUUUAGCCCGCAACUGUGGCACGAGCCCUUCACUUCUUUGGCUGCUACGUCCAGCUCCUUUCCUCCCAUUUUCUUCGCAGAUGCCAUGAUUAGGCAAGAAGUCUCGACGUCGUACGAGGAGCUUAAUGAAGAUAUGGAGCAAGUAGCUUCUGGCCUGAUGGCAGGAACAGAAGACGUGGAUGAAGAAGAUAGAAGCUCAACUGUCCUUUCAGACAGCAACAGCCCUUCUGUGCGUUUCAGCAAGUCCUGCCUGAAGAAUGUCUUCUCAGUAAUUCUCCUCUUCAUUUAUCUUCUGCUUAUGGCUGUAGCCGUUUUCCUAGUCUACCAAACCAUCACUGACUUCAGAGAAAAGCUUAAGCACCCAGUGAUGUCCGUCUCUUACAAGGAGGUGCCUUUUUAUGAUGCUCCUGGCAUUGCCCUCUACCCUGGGAAGGCUGAACUGCUGACCUGUAAGCAUCAUUACUAUGAUUAUAUUUUGCCUUUGGUCAACCCAGGUCAGCCAGGAGAAAUUGAGUGCACUACUCAGAGAGUCAACUACACAGAUCCCUUUACUAAUCAAACCAAGAAACAUGCUGUGAUUGUCCAAGGUCCUCAGGAAGUGAAGAAACGAGAACUGGUGUUCAUGCAGUUCCACCUAAAUGAGACAGACCAAGAUUUCAAUGCAAUAGACUACCUUCUCUUUUCCUCUUUCCAGGAAUUCCUCAACAGUCCAAACAAGUCAGAAUUUAUGAAGAGGUGUGAAAGCUCCUACUCCAGCUGGAAAUUCUCUGGUGGCUUUCGAACCUGGGUCAAAAUGUCUUUGGUGGAAACGAAAGAAAAAGACGGCAGGGAGACGGUUGAAUUCAGACAGGAGAUCAGCGUGGUGAACUACAUUGAGCGGAGGACAGGAGCAGGGAGCGACCAGCUGUUUUUUGUGGUGUUUGAAUGGAAAGAUCCUUUUAUCCAGGAAGUUCAAGACAUUGUCACUGCAAAUCCCUGGAACAUGAUUGCCCUUCUCUGUGGCAUCUUCCUGGCUUUAUUUAAAGCAGCUGAUUUUGCUAAACUAAGUGUGAAGUGGAUGAUAAAAAUCCGGAAACGGCAUCUCAAAAGAAGAAGUCAAGUCCUGAACCACAUAAGCUGAGGACCAUAAGCACCACUGGGCAAGUUCUGUAAUCCACUGGAGACUAUAAAUCAGUACAGAAGCAGCUGACCUGCACAGAUGUCAAGGAGUCCAAGGCUGAACCCUGUGGGUCCCCAGGGCAGUUGUCCACAAGUAACCAGACAGCAGUUUAAUUUUACAAAAUAAGUUUAGAAAGUUUAUUUCAAAUUCCAAUCAAUAUAUAGAUUUAUUCUACAGCCAACAUUCUAAAAUCUUGCAGUGAGAAAACAAGAAAGCUAGCUCAAGUGUCUAAUACUUCUUGGGGUUGCAUUAGAUGGCACCAACCUUAAAGUCAAUAAGUGGAGAGCCAGUUUGUUGUAGUGGUUAAGUGCGUGGACUCUAAUCUGGGAGAAC